AUGGGGGAAAAUGACAUGGGAAGCAAUGGCUCUCAACGGAGAGGGAGGACGAAAAGUGAAAAGGGGUGGCCGACGCAUAUGUUUUUGCGUUCACUGUUUUUGUGCCUUUUUCUAUUCUUUUUUUUUUAUUUUUAUUUUUUUUUGCAUGUAUGCGUUUUUCUUUUUUUUCUUUCUUUUUUUUUUGAAGGAAUUAAGAAGAUGUUGCAUUCAAGCAGGCACCAUUUGGCGUCUGCCGGACGUGUUUUUAUGGAUGUCGCAAUUGGCUCCUGCUCGCCCAAAAGAAUUGAAUACGAACUCUUUACUCGCAAGUGCCCUGUGGCUGUGGAAAACUUUGUGAAGCUUUGUACGGGGGAAAACGUCUUGCCGCGUGUGCCAAGCACCGCCGGCAUGGGCGACCCCUCGUUUGGGGACCAAUUUCUUCCGCAAGUCACUUACAAGAAUUCUACCUUUCAUCGUGUGCACAGGGGCUAUCUUAUUCAGGGCGGGGAUGUUGUGAGUGGCCAAGGAACAGAGCAGCUGUCUAUAUACGGCGAAACAUUUGAUGCUCCGGAUGAAGUGAGUUCAUCGGUUUUUGACCAACGCGGUCUUGUUGGCACGGCGGUGAGUGCGCCUCAUCUCAACGGCUCUCAGUUUUUUAUUCUCACGGCAAAAGAGGCUCCUCACUUAAACGGGACGUGCAUUUGUUUUGGGCGUGUUGUUAAGGGGUUUGACGCCGUUGAGGAAAUUGAGCGCGUGCCGUUGACGCCUUCUGGCUUCCCCUCGCGCAGGGUAACCAUCGUGGACUGUGGGAGGCUGUAA